AUGACACGCCUUCUUCUUUCAAUCUCUCUGUUGUUAGGCCUCGUCCACCGCAUUGCCUCUUGGGGACACGUUGAUCCAACCAAAGGGUUCCUGUCUCUUCCGCUGAAUCAAUCCAACUUCGAUAUUCAACGACCCUACGACGUACCUGAAGACGAGCGAUAUUCAUUCAAAGAUGGAGUUCACAAGCUUUGGGUGUUUUCCAGUGACAAGCCUCACACGCCCACAAGCCGAACCAACCCUCGCACCGAGAUCCGCAUCAGCGGAUAUGAUUAUUCGUCCGGAGUGUGGCAAUUCGAAGGAUAUGGGUACGUGCCGUGCGGAACAUCGGGCGUGUGCAUCAUGCAAGUCUUUGGGGCGAGCCCUCACGCCACAACCGUAAUGCUCCGAGUCUAUAAUGGCUCGUUAUACUAUUACAGAAGCCCGGUCUUGCUCGAGAACGUUUACGACAGAUGGUUCAAGCUCAACGUGAUACACGACUUGAACACCUCCACCGUGAAGAUCUACAUAGACGAACAGCUCAAGAUGGUGGCUCCUGGUCGCGGUGGGGCUUCACAUUACUUCAAGUGCGGGGUGUAUGCUCAAGAUGAUGCUUCCUACUAUAUGGAGUCACGUUGGAAGGGAAUCAAGGUUCUCAAGAUAUGUGAUUGA